UCGCCGCUAUUCCGCGCCGCUCGUCGUCACUCUUUCAUUUUCACUCGAUCGCGAAGGUUGUGUGUGCGUGUGCGUUUUUUCCCCCAGCCGAUUUCCCAGCCGAAUUUCCGUGUGUGCUUGUGAAGAAAACAACGGCCGACAAGAUGAGGCAUCUGAUGUUCCUAAUGCUGAUGGUCCUGCCCAUCGUCAUCUGCACCUUCUCCUCGCCCAACAAGUUCGGUGCCUAUGCCGCCGAGCCCGUGGAGGACGACCUGGUCGAUGUGGACGGCGAGGAGGGAGCGGUGACCGGCGAGGAUGCGGAGGCGGACGAGGACAGCGAUACGGGCAGCAGUAGUUCACCGAAUGCGGACACCUAUCUGCUCUUCACGAAACCCCUGUACACGCCUGGCCAGCAGUUGGAUCUGCCCGGCGGCAAGCCCGUCGAGUUCCUCAUCGGAUUCACCAACAAGGGAGCCGAGGAGUUUGUGAUCGAGACGGUGGAGGCCUCUUUCCGCUAUCCCAUGGACUUCAACUACUUCAUCCAGAACUUCUCGGCGGUGGCCUACAAUCGUGAGGUGAAGCCCGGCUUCGAAUCGACGGUGUCGUACACCUUCCUGCCCUCGGAUCAAUUUGCCGGACGUCCCUUUGGACUGAACAUUGCACUGGCCUAUCGCGAUGCCAAUGGCAUUCAGUACAACGAGGCUGUCUUCAAUGAGACCGUGCUGAUUUCCGAGGUUGACGAGGGACUCGAUGGCGAGACCUUCUUCCUGUACGUCCUGCUGGCCGGCAUUGUGGUCCUCCUACUGGUCAUCGGACAGCAGUAUCUGCUGGGCAGCUCGGGCAAGAGGAAGCGUGCCGCUGCCAAGAAGGUGAUCGAAACUGGAACGGCCAACGAUAGCACCAUCGACUACGAUUGGGUGCCACAGGAGACGCUGCGGGCGCUGCAGAAGUCGCCGCCCAAGUCCAAGACGCCCAAGACCUCGCCGAAGCCCGGCAAGCAGGCCAGUCCCAAGGCGGCCAGCCAGCAGAGUCCCAAGCAGCGCAAGGUCAAGCGUUCCGCUGGCGAUGAUUAGGUUUCCAAUCCGCUCAAGACUGCCACAUAUCCCGAAGAGAAGAAGAACACCAAUAAAACGGCAGCAAGAUCAGCCGAAGCAGCAGCAGCAGCAACAGCAAA